CCCGACUUCCUGUCCAUAUUGUGCACACUGUGCACAAUUAUUAAUUAUGCCUCUCUAACUGCUUUAUAUUCACUAUGAUAUACAUUUUUAACUCCAAACACAUACAAAUUAGAUGGCUAAUCCUUGUGUUGAUGAAGACUCAUGUGAUUACUUAUUCAAGACCGUUUUAAUCGGAGAUUCAGCUGUUGGAAAAACCAAUCUCUUGUCGAGGUUUGCGAAGGACGAGUUUUAUUUGGAUUCAAAGCCAACAAUUGGUGUCGAAUUUGCUUACCGGAAUACUAAGGUUGGUGAUAAGAUAGUGAAGGCUCAAAUAUGGGACACUGCUGGACAAGAAAGGUUUAGAGCUAUAACAAGUUCAUAUUACCGAGGAGCACUAGGCGCGAUGUUGGUUUAUGACAUCACAAGACGCGGGACUUUUGAGAAUUUAAAGAAAUGGCUACAUGAACUUCGAGAAUUUGGAGAUCGUGACAUGGUUAUUGUUCUUGUGGGCAACAAGUCAGAUUUGAUAGAUUUGAGAGAGGUUGAUGUCGAAGACGGGCAAAAGCUUGCACAACUAGAGAAUUUAUGCUUCAUGGAGACUUCUGCAAAGGAUAAUAUGAACGUCGAAGAUGCAUUUCUCCAAAUGAUCACCAAAAUAUAUGAAAUUGCUAGUCAAAAGAGUCUUGAUGCCAAGAAGAAUGAGUCAAGUCCAAAUCUUGAUGGAAAGAAAGAAAUUAUUGUUGUUGAUGUUGAUGAAGUUGCUUCUAGUAAACACAUUGGUUGUUGUAGAAGCUGAACGAACUUGAUAUAUGAUAGAACAUCAAAGUUGGGAGUUGCAUCUCAUUUUGUGCCAUCAACAUUUUACAAGUCAAUUUAUUGAUUUUAAGUUUGCUUAAGAAUGUGAUAUUGACCUUUACAUAGACAUUUUUUUUUAAUUAGUUUAUGAUUAUACAUACAAUAAUCUUUA